AUGAGCUUCAAUAUCUGGGAACUUCCAUUUGACGCGCUUCAUUGCAUCACAGACCGUCUGAGCAACAGGGACUUGUUGAAGCUUCGACUAGUCAACAAGAAAACCAAGAAAACCAUUGAAUCAUUACCAAACUGGAGAGAAACUUCACUGAAAAGAUGGUUAGUUUAUGAUGAUCAAUUACAAGAAGAGCAGAUGAAGCAAACCGUUGUGGAUUUCAAAUAUUUCUUACAAAGAUCAAGGGAAGAUAAAAAUGUGCAAGUUAAAUUACGUAAGAUUCAAACAGGUCAACUUUCAGAUAAACAAACCCUUGAUUUAAUUUAUUCAUUUAGUGAUAAAUAUGGUACAAGACUAACUCCAGUUUUGAAUAAACUAUUAAAGCGCCCAAACCCUGAAAAAAAUUUAAGAGUUGGUUAUUUUGCAAAAAUUAUCUUGGAAGUUACAAGAAGAAAAUCAAUUUAUAGAUAUUUUGAUGCUUUGGAAAAUAAUCCAGAUGGAACAAUUAAUCAAAUUUUUGGUAGUAUGGAACAAUUCUUCUUUAUAAUGAGUCAUGGUGAUAAAGCUUUUGAAAAUUUACUUCAUUAUAGAAAAUUGAUUAUGAAUAACGUUAAAGAGAGAUUACGUUAUGAUUUAGCGUUUCUUAAAUUAAAUCCUACCAAAAAAAUCGUCAAGAUUCAUGAUAUUUUCAUUGAAGAAGUUGGUAAGCUAAAUGGUGGUAAAUAUACUCAUACCAUGUAUACAGAAGAUUCUUCAAUUUUGAGAGUUUAUGCUGGUGAAAAUUUAGGUUUCCCAUUGAUUAGAUUAGCCAUUGUGGAAAAAAUUGCCAGAGAAUUUGGUGUGAAAUGCCUUCUUUUAAAAUUCACUAUGGGUGAAAUGGACUUUAUACAUGCAAAUGGGAUGAUGAAAGUUAAAGAUAACUCUUAUCGAGAAGGAUUUUCUUAUGUUAAAGCACCCCCAUAUUUUAGAAUUCAUCACAACAUCAAAUUAACGGCCCUAAGUACUUCUGAUUACCAGGCAAGUUUAGCUGCUUUCGGUAUUACUGAACCAGUCGCUACAUUGCUAAGACCAUUCUCUGCGGGGGAACUCUUUACAGAAUAUGCUAUUGAUAUUCAUGGGGUAAAACCAAGAUUAUUAAUUGAAGAAGGGAAAACUAAAAAAGAACUUUAUCCUAGAUCAAAUUAUGAACUUGAUGAAUCUCAUUUAAUAGCUGUACAAACUUAUUUCCAUUCUAUUAGAUCUGAAACAGUUGGGUUUAUGUCAUAUCCCUUAAAUUCUGGUGGAACUUUUAGUACUCCUAAAGAUAUGUUUCUAUAUUUCCUAAGUCAUACUUUACCAUAUGAAUUGGGGGUUAUACAUAAUCCAAUUUUUUUCAGAAAUAAAUCUAAGGCUAUGAUUCAAAAAGAAUGUUUGGAAACUUUUUCCACGGUUGUUCAAUCAUUAAUUUUAAGAAGAUAUGAUUUAAUUGAAAAAAUUGAAAAUUCAAAAAGAUUACCAUGUUAUUUCCCAGGUCAAACUUUAAUUGCUGAUCAAGGUGUUAAAUGUAUUGUUCUUGGUUGUAAUAUGGCUGAUGAUCGAUCAAGUGAUAUGAUUGAUGAAUAUUUGAUAAUGGAUACAAGAGUUGGUUCAAUUAUAAGGGGUAGUUUUGCACCAACAGAUACUGUGGCUUAUAUCCCAACAAUUGAAGAUGUUGCACAGAUGGUUGAUUCUUGUUCGAAUAUUGGUCUUUAUUUCGAAAGAUUUGAUACCAUUACAAAAAGAUUUAUUCCAAUUAAACCAUUAUUGGACCUCGUUACAGGAAGUGAAAAUUUCAGAACUAUAAGAUCACCAACAGAAGUGAGAAUAGCAAUUGGACAACAACAAAAUGGUCAAUCCGUGACAAGUGAAAUGAGCUGUCCAUUUGAAAACUUUGCAGGUCAUGUUCAUGAUCAUCAUCAUGAUACUGAUCAUGACAAUCACCCUGAAAUUACUGCACGCCACAUUGAUCCUUCUCAAUUUGAUGAUAUGACACUUCGUGUAAUGGAUCUUUACCGUCAACAAGACCCACAAGGAUUUGCCUCAUUUAUGGAAAGAUUGGAACAUAUGUCUCUUGAAGAAAUUAUGGCUAGAGUUGCUGAUAUGAUGAAUGGCAAUAGUGAUGAUGAAGAAGAUGAACCAAGAGAUACUGGUUUAUUUGAAGUUGAUUAG